AUGGAAUGUCGGACGCCAUCGAAUCAAACAGAUAUACCGUUAAAGGUAUUAGGAUUAAUUUGGGACAAUGAUAAGGACACCUUGAAGAUAGAUCUGAAUCAAUUUACGAAAUUUAAAUAUGUGACACCAACAAAACGUACAGUUCUAAGUGCAUGUGGCAUGUUGUUUGAUCCAUUAGGUUUAAUUACACCAUUCAGUGUUAUAAUUAAAUUGAUAGUGCAAAAUCUUUGGGAAAAGCGCUUAAAAUGGGAUGAAAAUAUUCCAGAAGAAUUGGAAUCUAUGUUCCAGGUCUGGUGGAAUGAAGUAUCCGAGCUUGAGAAGUUUGUCAUACCUCGACUAUAUUUUGACGAGCAGAAGAUUCAGCAACUGGAAAGAGGCCCCUUGUGGCUAAUAGAAAGUGAUGUUCUAAACAGUGAAGAAAUACCGAAUGCUGAUAUUGAUACAUUUGAAGCGGAAAAGGAGAGAAAAAAGAACUGUAUUGCUUUACCCACAUACGUUAAACGUACCGAUAGCUUGUUGAAUUUGCACGGAAACAGUGACUUAUCUAAGGUUCUUCGAAUCACAGCAUACGUCCUACGGCUUAUUAAUAACUGUAAGAGAAAUUCUGAAAGGUGUAAAGAAGUGCUAACUGCUGAAGAACUCGCAAGUGCUGAACGCUAUUGGAUUCGAUUUUUACAGCGAAGUGAGUUUGAAAAGGAUCUUAUUAAAUUGACUAGAAAGGAAACACUUAGUUCCGAUUCCAAAUUAUAUGGUCUAAAGCCGAUCUUGACGGCAGAAGGACUCAUAUGUCUUGGUGGUAGAUUGCAAAAUUCUGAAUUUCAGUUUCAAGAAAAGCAACCAUGGAUUAUACCGAAAAAAUCGAGAUUUACUGAAUUGCUAAUCAAAAGAGAACAUGAGAACUUACUUCAUGCUGGUGUUUCAGAUACACUCACUCAAACUCGAGAAAAGUAUUGGAUCAUCCGAGGCAGACAAGCUGUAAAAUCGUGCUUGAAUAACUGUUUCGUUUGCAGGAAAUUUAAGGCUAAAAGGGGCACUCAAGUGACUGCUCCAUUACCAGCGGAUAGAAUUCAUGAAGCGAAUCCCUUUGAAAUCACAGGUUUUGAUUUUGCUGGACCUUUGUUUACGAAAAAUGGAGACAAGGUUUAUAUUUGUUUGUUUACUUGUGCAGUCACACGUGCAGUUCAUCUUGAAAUUGUUUCUAGCCUAAGCACCGAACAUUUCCUUCUAGCAUUUCGUCGCUUUGUGUCAAGAAGAGGUGUUUGCCGAACUAUAAACUCUGACAAUGGCCAAAACUUUUAA